GGUAAGAUCAAAAAAAAAAAAAAAUCUCCACUCUCUCGCCCCCAUUCUUCGAGAGUUGGGAUAAUUCCAAAUACCUGACUAAGUGCAGAUGUUGUUGCGUCUUCACAUCCUAUAAAGCCGCCGUGCCGCUCUCGGGCUCUCGCUUCCCUUUCAAGUUGCAGGAAAUUCAAACACUUUACGUGACGGGUGGAGAAGGUUUUGGGAUAUUUUUUUUUUGAUUAUUAUUGUUAUGAGUUGAUUUUUUUUUCCUAAGCUGAUCUUUAGGAUGAAAAAAAUAAUCGCAGUCGCCUAAAGUCCCCGGGAAAUUGCUACUGUUGGGGGAAAACGAAACAUUUCUCUUGCAAACAAGAAAAUGUUACAGUAUCUGCUCACAGAAGGAGCGAUCAGAUCUGCUUAAGAGACGACACGGAGAUGUUCCCCCCCCACCCACCCCGCUUCCCCAAAAACGCCCGUGUGUUGUCACCCCGGCCGCACAUUUGCAACGACAACACAUCAGACGCUACGCAGACCGGGAUUCGGUACAAAUAACCGACAUACUAAACAACCGGGGAGGAGGGGACCCAGCCGCAGCAUAAGUAUUUACAAAUGUUAGACAUCCUCGGGAAAGCGCGGCUCGGCUGCGGUUAAUAGCUCGUUCAUUCCCCUCUCCCUCCUCCCCCUUUAAGUAGGAAUUAAGAAAUGGAAAACCUAAAUAAUUCACGCCCCCCACCCCCCUCCGAAGGAUGCUGCCGUCCGGGGGCAGGGGCAGGGACAGGGGCUGGGGCUCAGCCCGGCUGCGCUCCCGGCUCCGCGGGACCGCACCGAGCGCGGAGCCGGCGAGAGGCGAACCCGGGGCUCAGGGGCUGCCGACCGAGCCGGCCCGCGCUGCGCAACAUGGAGGAUUCCUCCGAGCUCUGGAGCGGGAGAGGCUGCAACAAACUUUGGGAUGCUCGGCCGAGAGCCUCGGGAGCCCCAGGCGGCUCUGUCCCUGCCUGCCGCACGGAGCGCAGGAGGAAGGUCGCUCUGCCACCAGGCGCUGGUAAAGCGCCCUGAAAACUACAGCAAAAUUAAAACGAUACGGCGCGAGUGUAGUCACUGCAGUCCUGGGAAGGCUGUUCAGAAAUAUACGAAAGCCCUCACUAAAGCCAGUGACGAUCACGAUUCUCCUCAAGCUGGCUACGGGGGCAUCCCGAGGAACGCGCUGCAGCGACCAAUCCCGAAUUUUGGGGCGGUUGCAAGUUGGAAGAAGUUUUUUUAUUCCUUCCGUUUCCCUCUCCCUAAAUCUGCUCAUUUCUCACCGACUUUGUAUCACCCUCAGCCCGCAGGAGGGAUGUCAGCCCCUGCCCGCUUGGCUGGGCCCGGGUGCCCGGCGGGGUGCGCAGCCUCCUCCCGCGGGUGCGCUCUCCCACACGCGGGCGUGGGUUUAUGCAUGUGGUGGCAUUUGUGUUGGAACAGGCUCCCGAGCAGAGCUCUGCCUCCCGCAGCACAGCCUGCGUGGAAGAUGCUGGCAGGUGGCACCUCAGCAGCUGAGCGGUGUCACUUAACGCAAACAAACACGCGAGACGGUCCCCGGCCCCGCUGCGUGGGGAGACGAUUUACAGAGGGAAGUGCAGAUGCCUUCAUGUGCGUCGGCUUCUUUCGGGGUCACAAUCUAUUCCAGAAAGCUGGAACCCGCAACUUUAUGAAGUGUAACACUUCCAAACAUAACGCAUCAAAUCGAAGGCUGAGCAGACUCCAUCUACAAAGGCUCAGCAUACGAGGCUCAGCCCUAAGCUCGCUCUUUCCAGCAGUUUUAAACUAAGGUACCAAUUAUUUAUAAGUCACAUAAUUAGAUAACCAUCACUCCUGAACUUUCCAUCAGCUAAGAAUGUUUUAUCUUUCACCACUGGACGCUGCUUAGUGCCUUUCUUUGGUGUACAUUUUCCUGCUCACUUCAUUCCCCUACGCCAAAACUCCACCAGUUGCCCGAGACACCCCUCCCGUCCCCUGGCACGAGCGGAGACAGCAGCUGAGCCGACAAAGGACCCCUGGAAUUAACUGCUGGCUAUGGGAACGGCCAAAGAGGAUCAGUGAGGAAGUUUAGCAAACUUGGAACGGCCGCCUCUUAGAAACCAGCGUGUUUUACCCGGGCUUUAACCUUGUUCUCUCCCGAGCAGCGUGUUGAUGUUUCGCCACUUGCUCCCUGCAAACAAGGCAAGGAGCGGCGUGCGCCGAGGUGCCCGUGUGUGGCUGCUCUCCCUCGCUGUUCGCACCGGUUCACUGCUCUCCGGGGGUCAGCCUCGAGCACCGAGCGGCCCCGGCCCGGCUCUGCCGGCGCCUCCCCUUCCAGCGGGGCAGAGGAGCCGGCGGGGACCCGCGAGAAAGUACCCGAGUGCCCCCGGCCCGGGGGAAGGGUCGGGCACCGGCGAGCCGGGGCCUUUGGAGCCACCGGUGCGGGGC